CCUAAUUCCUAAUCUAACGAGGAAGCGGUAUUUAUUGUACAACUAUAAGUACAUGAGCCCAUGGCCAUGCUAUUAUAAAAUACACACCUCUUAAGAUUUUUUUUACUAUCAGACUUCUCUUACGAUUUUUUUUUCCUCUUAAGAUUUUUUUCCUGUACUAUCUAAAUCAAGGAUGGCAUCACAAGACAGUUUUAGUGGAUGUGAAGCACGUAUACUUUGUGUAAACAGAUGUGGAUUUUUCGGAACAGCAGCCAAUAUGAACUUAUGUAGCAAGUGCUAUAGGGAUCAACUCAAGGCAGAUGAACAAUCAGUUUUAGCCGAAGCGGCUUUCGAGAAAUCUGCAAACCCUAAGAUAGAUCUUACAACCCAAGCAGAAUCAGUUGGCUCGAGUGAUUCUAGUGUUGCAUACGAGACUACGGCUUCGCCAAGUUCAGCAUCAUCAGAUUCACCAACAUCCAGUAGUAAUGGAGAAAGUGGUACAGUAGCGAAGAAUAGAUGUUUUAGUUGUAACAAGAAACUGGGAUUGACAGGGAUCAAGUGCAAGUGUGGACUAGUUUUCUGCUCAGCUCACCGCUACCCUGAGAAGCAUUCAUGUGAAUUCGACUACAAGGGAGUCGGAAGAGAAACGCUUGCAAAAUUGAAUCCUCAAGUCAAGGCGGACAAGAUGAUUGACAGAUUUUAAACCUAAAUAUUAUCUCUGGAUAUCAUUUUGACAGAAUAUUGUAUUCGUCAAAUAAUUCUUAAUACGUAUUAAUUUUGAAUUUCUAAUAUAUGAGUAAUUUUUAAUAAA